AUGCCACCGCGCAAACCCUCUACAUCGAGCGUUCAUACUGUUCGCCUUUCUACGGGCAUCGCCGCAUGGAUCACGACUACUAUCACACGCAUCAAUGCCAAGACCAUGAGCGACCACGAAGCAGACCCAGACCCACCAGAGAACGCCACCACCACCACUACUCACUACACUCUAUCCGAAUAUCGAGCCAAACAUCCUCCCAACGCCUCCAAGCCCACAGCCAGAAAGUCUAGAGCAAAUAAACACAUCCCAAACGAUGCACCAACCGAACACAAGAGCCAAGAGACAGACACGUCUCGAUCCACCACGCCAUCAAUCCAUCGCCAAAGCCAAAGCCAAAGCGCUACACCCUCCCAACGCAAUAGUCCACCGCCGGAAGAAGCGCCACAGAAACAGAAGAAGUACAAACCUCGCAAGCACAAAAGAGGUUGGCAGCGGAAGAGUCACCAAGCUGAUGAAGCUAAACAAGAAAAUAGCCAGGGCGGGCAGGACGACGAAACGGUGGCUGGGCAGCUUGAGAGUGGUGAAGAUUGUGGCGUGGGUGCUGCAGCGGUCGACGAUUCACAUCGACAUCGACUCGGAACUUGGACUGAUCUGGAACUGGACGGUUCAACUGCGCUAACUCGCUCUGUCAGUUGGUAA